AUGUAGGUUUACACUAACCAUUGAAGAUAACACUGGGUUACUAGAAGCUGUUAUCAGCGGUCCUGAAGCCGAACAAUUACUUCCAAUCACUGCAGCCCAAAUGAGCUUGAAAAAAAACCAGCUUGAAAAUGCCAUGGAAGUUGAGGCAAAUUUUGAAAAAAAACAGAUCACCUGUUUCAUAAGACACUACAUCUCUGAAUAUCAAGACAAGAACGAAUCAAGUUUUGCUGUAGUCGUUGUCUAUGCAAAUGAGGGCAAUAUUGAAGAUAUACAGCCGGUUACUGAAACAAGCAACUCUGGUCACUCACAGAGGCUCGGCAAACAG